AUGGCAAACACCACCACCACCACAUCAUAUCAUUUAACUCCUCCUCCAACACGAAAUAAUGAAUUAAGCGCAGCAUCUAAUAGUAAUAAUAGUCCAAUAUCACAAAGAAGUCCACCUUCGCCUCGUACUCAAUCAAAAUCUAUAUUAACUAUUGCUCUACAAAAGGCUCAAUCUGCUGUAGAGUUUGAUGCUGCAAAUGAUUUCACUGCCGCAUUAGAGGCUUAUAGAGAGACAGUUGAACUUCUUUCACAGGUUGUAGAUAAAGCUGUAAAUGACGUUGAACGGCGAAGGUUGCAAUUAAUUGAGUUAGGGGUAGAAUUUAAUGAAUUAAAACACAGUACAUAUGUUGAUCGAAUACGAUUACUAUCCGCGAUAUCACCGGAUUCAUCUAUGGAUGGUACUGAUGGCAUUGAGUCAGAUCAAACCUCAACUGAAAAUAACAAUGACGGCAAUAAACAAAAUGAAAAUUCUACAGAUUUAAUCACUUCAAUUUCAUUAUCACCAAUAACUGUAUCAAAUAGUCAACAUAUAGAAGAAUCUGAUGGAUUGACAGAAUCUGAUGAUCAAAAAACUGAAACUUCAUCGAUAAAAAACGCCGGACCUACACGUGUUUUCAUACCACCACCACCACCAAAUAUCGCACCUCCAACUACUUCAGUAAAUUCCAGAUCUUUUUCAACAAAUUUAAUUUCUGACGACGAAGAUGACAAAGAAUCAAUUAGAUCUAUACCUCCAAAUACUACUAACGUCGCCAACAAUAUCACAAAUACUGCCACUGCUUCUAAUAUUUCAUCAUCGUCACCAUAUUUUGUAGAAAAUUUCCAUAAAAAUAAUAAAAAAUCAUUUGCUAAAAGUCGACGACCAGCUCCCCUUUCAUCAAUUCAGUAUAAUUCUCCCACUGCUGUUACUACACCUGUCACUUCUACUGUUAAUUAUAACACCUAUGUUACCCCAAGAAGAACUGCUUCAAAUCCUGGUAAUGGUCUACGAAAAAAUAAUUCAUUACGCUUCUUCAAUAAUUAUUCACAGUCUUUGCCAUCACAAAGUUUCACUCAAUAUCUGUCACAAAUACCAGGAACCCCAACCACACCAUGGACGAGUAAUAGCUUACCAUCGCCUUUGAGUAGCCCAAGAUCCAGUGUUACACCUACAGGAACUUUUAAGAAUGAUAUAACGUCUAAAAAUAUGGAUCUAGGAUAUGCAUCGUGCUUAUUAAAUCCUUUAUAUAAUCCAUUAUUUUACGAAAAAGAAGAAGAAACUUCAAAUAUGGUAGAAUAUGGAUUGCCAGAAUUACCACCAAAUGAUAUACAUUUAAAACCUUUUUGGUUGAUGAGAUUAUUGGAACGAACCAUGACCACUGGUGGAUAUUUAACACCAAAAUUAUAUAUUCCAAGACAUUUAUGGUUGCAAGGACAUGCAAAACUUAAUGCAUUGGAAACUAAAAUUUCUAGUUGUGAUGUUGUUUUAAAUUGUUUGCUAAGAUUGACAAAAUCUUCGAUUAACGAUAUGGAUGCUUUAGCAAAGGAAUUAGAAGGUAUUGACCUUAUACUUGAUGGAUUACAAAACUCGCUGGCACGUAAAAUAAGUUAUAUAGAGUCUACAACUGGUAAAGGUAAACAGAGUGCCAGUUCACUGAUGAGUUGGGGAUCCAAAUUAUCACGUGGACUUGAUCGAAUGGGUAUGAGUAAUGCCAUGAUUCGUAGUGAAGAAGCUAACGGAUAUGUUGAUGUGCUAUUAAAAUUAUUUCAAAAUGUUGAUAUAGUAGGUCAGUGA